GUAAUGUUCAAAAUUGUGCAGCGAGGUUCUGAACAUGGGAGUGAUCAAGAGCAACCUUAUCCCUCUAAACGGUUACAGGGGUCGACGCAACAAGGUUCUGAUAGCGUCAAGAAGGAUUCUGCGCACGAAAGACAAAAAUUGACUUCAACUGAGCGAAUUAAGAAGAGUUCGCCUCAAACGCCGUCAUCUGUUUUAGGAUCCCCGCAGAUGGAGGCUUCAAUUCAAUUAAUUGACGAUGAACUUGAAUUGCUCGACUCGUUUAAGGAAUUUAUUUGUGAUGGGAACAAAAGAUAUACAGUUGUUGGAGCGAUUGGAUCUCAAGGUAUGUUGGCUGGUAAUGAUACGAUGGAUAUGUACAGGCAGUAUAUUUUCCGCCCCUGUGCACGAGAAGCCGUAGAAUCCUGCAGAUACCAGACAACAAAAAUUUCCAUUUAUAUUGCCCCUAAGACUAGAGUAUUUUUUCUAGACUGUCAGGUAACUUUGCUUUCAUUAAAACUAAAAAUAUCCUUCAAGCCAUUGAACUGUGCGCCGUUAUUAGAGGAUACCAGUCAUUCCUAUAGAAGUAGAGCUGGACCAAUGGAGAGCUUGGAGCUUGAGUCACUUCAAUUUCUGCUUCUGAUUGCAAAUGUCUGUCAUACUAUUUUUCUUUGUGUUGAUUGGUUUAUUGAUAUGAGUAUAAUUCGGCGACUAAUGCGAGUUGAACUUUUCCCUCAAUUUUUGAAUGUCAGUGAAAGCGUCAAUUUAGUCAUUCUACAUCAAAGAGUAAGGCAACAAGACUGUCAUCCUCUAUUGGUCAAUGAAAGGAUGAGAUUAUUAAAUGGUAUAUUUGCCGGAACUAUUUUCAAUGUAAAUGGUGGAUUGACACUUGCUAAUUUGGGAUUUGAUGUUUAUCAACAAAUUGAAUCAAACGUGAAUUAUAUUCUAAUGGAAGAAAUUAAACCAAGAACAAGAACCGAAAUUUAUUCACCAGAUACAUUUUCUCAAAAAACUAAUUCAUUGGAAUACGCGACUGUUUUAAAUCGUUUGCGUAUAAAAUUGCACUCCUUACCAAAACGUGAACUUGCAACGACCGAAGGAAAAUGGUUUUCUUAUUUGGUUGAAUGCUGGGCUAAAAUAAAGUUAGAACUUCUUUCAAUAACUGAAGAUGGAUGUACAAUCAAACCGAAUUACCUAAAGGCCCAAUCCGAUAGUGUCAGAUUAGCAUCUGAUAGAGAUUACUCAACAGAGGACAGGGAAAUAAGAAAUGAUGAUGUUAUCGAAAGAUAUUUGGCCGUGAAAUACCAAUAUAACAAAUACAACGAAAUCCCAAUUAAGAGCUCUCAACACCAACAAAGAGAAAGGGAAUGGAAAAACAGAGUAUUUGAAAAAACUAGAUCCUCUAAAUAA